GGGCACCAGUAUCUUUCUGCGCUUGCGCGGCGAGAAAGCCUACUUCCGGCCGUGCGCGCUUCGUGUCUGAAUACGUAGACUCCGGACGGUCACCAUGAAGUUCAAUCCCUUCGUGACCUCGGACCGCAGCAAAAACCGCAAACGACAUUUUAAUGCCCCCUCGCACGUACGCAGGAAGAUCAUGUCGUCUCCGCUAUCCAAGGAGCUCCGGCAGAAGUACAACGUGCGCUCCAUGCCCAUCCGCAAGGACGAUGAAGUCCAGGUGGUUCGAGGACACUAUAAAGGUCAGCAAAUUGGCAAGGUAGUCCAGGUGUACAGGAAGAAGUAUGUCAUCUACAUUGAGCGGGUGCAGCGUGAGAAGGCUAAUGGCACAACUGUCCACGUGGGCAUUCACCCAAGCAAGGUGGUUAUCACCAGGCUAAAACUGGAUAAAGAUCGGAAAAAAAUUCUUGAACGCAAAGCCAAGUCUCGACAAGUUGGAAAAGAGAAAGGCAAAUACAAGGAAGAACUUAUUGAGAAAAUGCAGGAAUGAAUAUAAUCUUUUGUGUAGCCGUGUUUCACUGUAGUUUUGAGCCUAAUGUGUGUUUGGAACUUUUCAAAAAUGUACCUGAAAUAUUCCAUUUCCUUCCUGUUUUGUUAUUGACCUGUGGCUCUAUAAAUCUACACUUGCAAGUUUGAUUAAAAAUUUUAUGAAUAAAAAUUGGAGAUAUUUCUUAAUUCCA